AUGUUUUCGACACAGCAACAGCCUCCACCUGCCAUCCCGCCGUCGCCGACUCUGUCCAACCCGGACAUGAUCCUGCCCUUCGACGACAACGAGCGAGAAAACUCCACUCCGUCCCCCCCGUUCAACCUGCCCUCGUUAUCCCACUUGCAGUCGUUCUACGAAAACCGAACCAGCUACGCAAACGGAUACAACAACCUGGACCCCACCAGGAAUACUGGCGCGCCGAGGCCCCAGAAAAAGCCGUUUCCGCGCCACACGUGGAUGCACGAGGGCCACGACGCCGCCAGUCGCCGCUUGUCGGAUAUAGGCGAGGAAGACAGCGCGUUGUCAUAUCGGUAUGGAGCAGUUGGUAGAAGCGCGCAGGAGAUGAUGGCUCGGCAAAGCCGUGUUUUGGAUUCGCCGCUUUCGUUCCGCGAAGCAGACCCCUCCGAUGUCACGGAAACCAGAGCGCACAGCAGCUCGUCAAACUCGACUAUCAGCGGCGGCGCAAGUGAGACAUCGUCCGUCGAUGGGACAAAGGGACGCGCAUCGGACUACAUGGCUGCGCAGGAGAGCCGGGGAUCACUCAGUGAGCGUCGCGCAGCCCCUGAGACCUCCAGUGGUGCACAACCGAGCGCAAACGCGCCCGCGGCCAAUGAAGGGAAGGGUCCGGAUGAAGAUGCUCCUGCUGUGAUUCUGGAGAGCGAGGCGGAGCGAAUUUUAGAAAAUGCGAAGAAACGGCUGUCGCUUAUGGAAGGGAACCUGACGCGCGCCCGCUCUACAAUGCGCUCGACUACCCCAUCAAUGUCGUCGUCGCCAGUGCCAUCCGCUUCAUCUCCAGGUCUCGGACAACCCGUUGGCGGCUUGUAUCAAUCAAUCCACCGUGCGGCUGACCGCAGGUCUUCGAUGCUUCGGCCGCGGCAGACAUAUGGAGGACAAGACACAUCCAAUAAUCGGCACUCUCGAGUUUACAGUGAGACCAACCUGCCGUCGACGCAGCCAAGUUCCGAGACUCGCCUGUCGCGUUCCGUGAGCGCUAUGGGCUCGAGUACCAGUUCCAAUUUCCAUAAUGCCGACCGGUCUUUUCACUAUGCACCCAAUCGCGCUUAUUUGACUCACCGCGCAUCGGUCUCGUCUAUAAAUCAACAUAGCUCAAUGCAGCCGCACGGAGAGCGCGAGUCUUCCGACUCGCCACCAGUAUUCGACGAGCAAGAAGAGGAAGAAGAAGAAGAAGGGAAGGCAAUUUCCAAUAUGGAGGAAUUCAACUCAGCCUACCCCGUAGAUGAUCUACCUUCUCGAUCCCAGUCUCAGCUCCAUGUGCGAGAUUUGCAGGACCAGAUGAAAGGGCUUCAUAUCAAAAUCUCGACUCUGAAAAUCAAGGCGCAGGAAGACGGUCUGCGACGACGCAGUCUCCAGAGUUUGCGCACGCCCAGCCCUUUGACAGCCGCAACCCACUGGUAUGCGAACUCUCUUGAUCCGUCUGAACGCAAUAGCCACCUCCAUCCGAGCACCGGCUACGGACAGUCCCUUGCGUCUCCGAUUAGCAGCCAAGGUGGCAGCGGACAUACAUCCAGUAGUAAUACCGACUCAACCCUUCUUGUCCCGGAGACCGUACCGUCCGAGGCCAGAGCAUCCGCCGACGACGCUAUCCUGCCACCGUUUGAGCUAACCGAUCAUGAGGAUGAUCAGUCGACCGCGGAAAGCCUCUACGAGGAUGCAGAAGAGGAUAUUGACCGCGAGGCGUUGGAGGAAAUCUUACGCGAACCUCUUGAUGAUGAUCUUAAUGAUGAAGAGCUGGGAGCUUUUCCUGGGGCAGCACACCAUACUGAUGAUACUCCGCACGAAGAACGCGAGGAUGCCUUUGACUACGAGCACUUUAUUCUGCAUAGCGCACUAGGCAAUUACACCCAGGCACGACUCCGCCGGCAAAGCAACGCGUCGGAGACGUCCGUCGAGACAACCCGGCCAAUUCGCGAGCGACGCUCCAUGCGACACUCCAGGUCCAAUAGCGCAAACUCGAUAUCCACCGUGGCAACCUUUGCGACGGCCGCGGAAGGCCAAGAUGAUGUUGACAGUGUCUUGUACUGGGACCGGAAAUUUAACGAUGAACUCGACCGUCGCUAUGUAGACGAGGAGGACCCAGCCGGCGUGCAACGCUCUGAUUCCGAGGCAUCAGACCGCACGCCCCGGAAAUCGCGAGUAGAGAACCUCGCUUCGCAGCGUCCUGAUUCCGCAGCAACAGGCUCGGCUACACCAACGUCUCUUGCUUCAUCGCUCGUUUCGACUGUGCGAGCUGCCGCAAGCCCACAUCCAAACUCUGUCAACAGUCAACUAGGGAUCAACGAGGAUGACACGCGGCUACUCGAGCAGCUCUUUAAGAGUUUAGGUGACGUUUGUAUGGAACUUCAGGAACUCACGACGUCUCCCGAAUAUGAUGAAAAGCAGGCGAAGUUGCUCAGGCGGCGAUUGGAGGCCGCAAGACGGGUGCUUGAUGGAGAGCUUGACUGA